AUGGAAAUGAAUGAUUCGCAGUGUAUGGAGGAAGGAUUGGCAAUGGACGAUGAGCAUGUGUAUGCGAAUGUACAGGAGAUGGAGGAGGAAAGUCGGCGCCGUGAGCAGCCACCCAUUCCGGAACCCAUGCAGCAGCCCGUUCGUGAUGUCGGUGGCGGAUGGUUCGAGUAUAUCACCGAAUCGGGCAGGUCCGAAUUUCCUUGGUUACUUGAAACCGUGUAG